AUGCCUAAAUACGCAGAGGAUCCAGCAUGGAGCGAUGUCGAGCCCCUACCGCAGAACGAUGGCGGACCCAAUCCGCUGGCUGCAAUAGCCUACACCGAAGAAUACAGCGAAGCGAUGUCCUACCUACGAGCGGUCAUGGCGAGCAAUGACAUGAGCGAGAGGGUGUUGGAUCUUACAGAGGAUAUCAUCAACAUGAAUCCUGCGCACUAUACCGUCUGGCUGUACAGAGCCAAGGUCCUCUUCAAUCUGAACUACGACCUCCGCAAAGAGAUAGACUGGCUCAACGACACGGCCCUCAAGCAUCAGAAGAACUACCAGAUCUGGCAACACCGGCAAACCAUCAUCAACCGGCUAGGCUCGGCAGAUGGAGAGACAGCAUUCAUCGCGAAGAUGUUUUCCAAGGACCCGAAGAACUACCACGUCUGGAGCUAUCGGCAGUGGCUUGUGCGGAGGUUCGAGCUGUGGGACGAAGGCGAGAUAGAAGCUGUGGAAGGCAUGAUUAAAGAAGACGUGAGGAACAACUCGGCAUGGAAUCAUCGGUGGUUCCUCGUUUUCGGGCGGGAUUCGAGCGCGCACAAAGAGCAGGAUGUGAUUGAACGUGAGCUUGAAUAUGCCAAGAAAGCCAUUGUUCUCGCGCCGCAAAACCAAAGCCCAUGGAACUACCUCCGUGGCGUCUUGCGCUACGCUGAGCUGCCAGUUUCUCACGUGAGGGAUUUCGCCUUGGGAUUUGCACCUGCGGACUCGCCCGAUGAUGUCCGCUCAAGUUAUGCCCUGGAUCUCCUGGCCGACGUCUACGAGGAACAACAUCAGAAAGAAGAGGCCAUCAAGGCACUGGACUUGCUCGCCACAAAGUACGAUCCAAUACGGGCAAGAUAUUGGGAGUACAAGAAGAACUUGCUAGAACAGCCUACGGCCGCCGCAUAA